AUGGUUAUUUUUAAUGGAAAAAUGCGUUUAAAAGUUAUUGAAGCCGAUAAUAUACGUGCAACAGAACAUUCAACACGUUAUUUUCCUCAAAAUCCUUCAUUAGCUUUUGUGAGUCCAUAUGUAUCAAUUGUUAUUGAUGAUUUACCAUUAGGACGUACACAUACAAAAGAAAAAACAACAUCACCAACAUAUAAUGAAGAAUUUUCAAGUGAUGUUCAUAAUGGUCAUCAAUUACAUUUUACAAUAUUUCAUGAUGCUGCAUUACCACCUGAUGAAUUUGUUGCUGAUUGUACAAUAAAAUUUGAAAAUAUUCAUGAUAAAAAAAGUGACAUAUGGAUUGAUCUUGAACCAUCAGGACGAAUUCAUGUUGGUAUUGAAUUACAAGGACAAUUUAGUGAUUCUGUGAGUAAUGAACGACAUUUUAAACAAAAUAAACGAGCUUUUGCUCAACGUCGUUUUGCUGUUGUUCGUCGUGUUUAUGAAAUAAAUGGACAUAAAUUUAUGGCAACUUUUUUUCGACAACCAACAUUUUGCUCAAUUUGUUCAGAAUUUAUUUGGGGUAUAUUUCGUACACAAGGUUAUCAAUGUCAAGUGUGUACAUGUGUGAUACAUAAACGUUGUAAGGCAUCGGUUGUUACAACAUGUCCAGGAAUUCGAACUUGUUUUGAAUUUCGUGAAAAAAGAUUUAAAAUAAAUGUCCCACAUCGAUUUGUUGCACAUACAUAUCGAUUAUUUACUUUUUGUGAUCAUUGUGGAUCACUUUUAUGGGGAGCAUGGAAUCAAGGAAUGCAAUGUAGAGAAUGUAAAUUAAAUGUACACAAACGUUGUACACGAAAUGUUGCCAAUGAUUGUGGAUUGGAUAAGAAAAAACUUGCUACUGUUCUUGCUGAUCUUAAUAUAAGUACUGAACCACAAAAAAUGAUAAAUCCACCAAGUGAAGCCGAUUUACCAUCAACUCCUGAAACAACUGGAAAAACAGCAAAAACUCCUACACCUCCACCAUCAUCAUUAUCAGAUGAUAGUUCAAUAAAACGACAACAUCAUUAUACAAUUGAUGAUUUUCAUUUUAUGAAAGUACUUGGCAAAGGAUCAUUUGGAAAAGUUUUAUUAGGUGAACAUAAAGCAACUGGUGAAACAUUUGCUAUAAAAGUACUUAAUAAAGAUGCAAUUAUACAAAAUGAUGAUGUUGAAUGUACAAUGACAGAACGACGAAUUUUAGCUUUAUCAACACGACAUCCAUUUUUAACUGGAUUAUUUUGUAGUUUUCAAACAAAGGAACGUUUAUUUUUAAUUAUGGAAUAUGUUAAUGGUGGAGAUUUAAUGUUUCAAAUUCAACGUUCAAGAAAAUUUGAUGAAUCACGUGCACGUUUUUAUGCAUCAGAAGUUACAUUAGCAUUAAUGUUUUUACAUCGACAUGGUGUUAUUUACCGUGACCUUAAGCUUGACAAUAUUUUACUUGAUGCUGAAGGUCAUUGUAAAAUUGCUGAUUUUGGCAUGUGCAAAGAAGGUAUAUUUGAUGGAAAAUUAACAUCUACAUUUUGUGGUACACCAGAUUAUAUUGCACCUGAAAUACUUCAAGAACUUGAUUAUUCAUUUUCUGUUGAUUGGUGGGCAUUAGGCGUAUUAAUGUAUGAAAUGAUGGCUGGACAACCACCAUUUGAAGCUGAUGAUGAAGAUAGUUUAUUUGAAUCUAUUCUACGUGAUGAAGUACUUUAUCCUGUUUGGUUAUCAAAAGAAGCUGUACACAUUCUUAAAUCAUUUAUGACAAAAAAUCCUGCUAAGCGUCUUGGUUGUGUAGCUGCACAAGGUGGUGAAGAUGCUAUAAAACGUCAUGCAUUUUUUGCUGGUAAACUUGAUUGGGAAGCGUUAGAACGUCGACAAGUUAAACCACCAUUUAAACCAAAAGUGGUUAAUCCACGAGAUACAAGUAAUUUCGAUAAAGAUUUUACAAAUAUGCCUGUAGUAUUUACACCUAUUGAAGCUGUUAUUGUUAAAGCUAUUAAUCAAGAUGAAUUUAAAGAUUUUUCAUAUCAAAAUGCUGAUUGGCGUUGUUUAGAACGUGGUGAAGUACCUAAAGAUGAUGCUAAUGAUGGUCGACGUGCAUUGCGUGAUGAUUUAUCUGUUAAUUUAAAACAACCAUUACCAAUGACACCUAUACUAUCUCAUCAAUCAGCAAUAAAUGAUACUGUAUCAUCAACAAUAACAGUUGUUAAAACUGAUCAUAUGCCAAUACCACAUAUUGACGCUCGAAGAAAUCCAACACCAUCACCAUUUCAAUCAUUACAUACAUCAUCAUCACCAGUACCAUUUGCAACAACAUCAUCAUCAUCAAUAACACCAUUACCAACAUCAACAACAACAGCACCAUUACAAUAUUCAAUGAUGAUACCAGCAACAGCACCUGCGAUAACAUCAAAUUCAACAAUAAAUGCUCAACAAAAAUCACCAUCAACAAAUCGUUCGAAUAAAAUAAUAAUAGAUCAAACCGAUAUGUAA